GAGAGUGAGAGAGAGAGAGAGAGAGAGAGAGAGAGAGAGGAGAGACAGAGUGAGAGAGAAAAGAAACGGCCCUUGGAUGGUCGGCCGGAUCGAUGGUUCGGCCAGUAGAGAUGCAUUGAUGCAACAGACCCGAUUCAGGGCUGAGAGAUGGACGAUGGACGGGAACAGGUUAGAAUCUCACUCACUCACUCUCUCUGAGUGUGUGUGUGUGUGUGUCUUGGUCUGGGGUUCUACACACAUGGGAGGGACCUUUAUCUUCAUCACGAGGACGGACCACCCAGCUGGGGUUAGGUCUCCAGCUGCAACUUCCACAACAUGGCUCUGCACCCAUCCCAUUUCUCCAUCUCCACAUUCACAUUCUCACAUCACCACCACCCCUUCACCCCCCUCCCCCAUGCCGCCAUGCCGCCAUGCCGCCAUGCCACGCCGUACUCAGGCUACCUAGGCUGCCGAGGGACGGGUAUGGGGCCGCAGCACGGGGCAGGAUGCGCCAAAACCUUUAUUGGUUGUACUGGGCCAAGUCACCAGGAGAGCCUCCUCGCCGCCAAGAGAUACUUGGAUAUCCAACUCGCUCGACUUCACCAGCGUGUAAUUUCGCAUCAACACCGCAUACUAUGAGCGAUUUAUCACCUCAGUCUUUUACCCUUCGCUUUCCCUUUGGAGCAACAGGAUCCUCCUCGCUCUCUGGUUUUUAUUUAUUUUUAUUUUCCUCCCAAACUUCCCCCACCCCUCCAAUCAAGCGCAGCCGAGCUCAGUCAGCCUCCUCCUCGUCAUCCUCCCUCGUGCCGCCGCCUGCCUGCAACGUCGUUUCUGUGACACGCUCUUCUUCUCCUUUUGGCCCUCCCUCUCUCUCACUGCCCACCGUGACUGCCCUGGGCCUUGCCACAAUUUCCCUUCUGAUGGCCUGCCUGUAAUUUCAAAACACUCCGAUUCGCCUUGCCCAGCCUAGCCUAGUGCUCCGGCCCCUCGGCUUCUACGUGGACAAAGACACCGGCAAAGAGGGCGCGGGUUUCGUCUGCCACAGUAUUCCAGCACGUUGGCCUCGCAGUUCCAUGUCACCGCCCCUUAGCUUUGUAGAUACAAUGCUCAACUGACCUCCGUCCUUCUUCGCACG